UCUGAGAAACCAAAUCGGAAGAAGAAAAUCAAGCUGUCUUUAACAAGGAACAUAGCCCAAAUCCAGACAUUGUCAUCGGAUUCCCCUUACUCAUUUCCAGCUCGGAUGAAGAACUUUAAAGUCAUCAAUGGCAAUUUCAAGCUUGAGGGAUGAGGAAAUUUGAAAACAAAGCAAAUGAGGUUGGAUCAGGUUCUGGAGGUCCCUCCAAGGUAUAAUUCUAUCAACAAGAGACAUAUCCAGCUUUCUGAGGCUAAAAAGUGUGUGACUAAAUAUCAAAAAGCAAGUCUGUUAAAAGAUGAUAAAGAAAUGCAAAGCUUGGAGGAAAGCUUGAAGCUUCCUUCUUCUUUCCAAAGGAAGCAGUCAUUUAAAGAUUCAAAGGAGAAGACUAGCAAGAUUAUUAAGAAGAUGAUGAAGAGUUAUGCUAAUAGUCGGAGGAAUAACCACAAUAUGUAUAUAUUUAACACUUCUUAGCAGUAGUUUCAA